GAGGAAAAGACCCAAUCGCACCGCCGCCGUAACUCCGUUCCCGAGACCACAGAGAUUCCCUCCUUUUUAUAAAGCCCCCACUCUCUCGUGCUUUCCUUGUUCUCCAUUUCCUCUUCUUUCGAAGCAUUGCUUUUCGCAGCAGCAGACUCUCCCAGCCAAUGGCGGAUCACAGCCACAGGCCCAAAUCCGACAUUUCGUUCGCCGGAACCUUCGCCUGCAGCGCAUUUGCUGCUUGCUCCGCUGAGGUGUGCACUAUUCCCUUGGACACUGCUAAGGUUAGGCUUCAGCUCCAAAAGAAAGCAGCUUCAGGGGAUGGCAUGGCUUUACCAAAAUACAGGGGAAUGCUAGGUACAGUUUCUACAAUUGCGAGAGAAGAAGGCCUAUCUGCUCUUUGGAAAGGCAUUGUUCCUGGAUUGCAUCGUCAAUGCCUAUUUGGAGGGCUAAGAAUUGGGUUGUAUGAACCUGUUAAGGCCCUUUAUGUGGGAGAGAAUUUUGUAGGAGAUGUCCCUUUGUCCAAGAAAAUACUUGCUGCGCUUACAACUGGUGCUCUUGGAAUCACAAUUGCAAACCCCACUGAUCUUGUGAAAGUUAGACUUCAAGCUGAAGGAAAAUUGCCUCCUGGUGUGCCAAGGCGUUAUUCUGGUGCACUGAGUGCUUACUCUACGAUAGUGAGACAGGAAGGAAUUGGGGCUCUCUGGACUGGGAUUGGGCCCAAUGUAGCCCGAAAUGCUAUCAUAAAUGCUGCUGAACUAGCUAGCUAUGAUCAAGUGAAGCAGACAAUUCUUAAGAUUCCGGGGUUUACAGAUAAUGUUUUUACUCACUUGUUAUCUGGUUUGGGAGCUGGGUUUUUUGCAGUCUGCAUUGGCUCCCCAGUUGAUGUGGUGAAAUCAAGAAUGAUGGGGGAUUCUGCGUACAAAAGUACACUUGAUUGCUUCAUCAAGACUCUGAAGAAUGAUGGUCCGUUGGCUUUCUACAAGGGCUUUAUCCCAAAUUUUGGCCGGUUAGGAUCUUGGAAUGUGAUCAUGUUUCUGACCUUAGAGCAGGCUAAGAAGUUUGUUAGAAGCAUAGAGUCAGCUUGAGUUUAGACGAUAGAGAAUGAAGCCAACCCCGGACAGUUUUGCAUGGGGGUGCCCUCCAGAAAUGGUGAAGAUCUAUCUUACUUACCUAGGAAGAAAUAAAAACUUACCUUUUGUUGUUGCUCCCAAUUUUUGAUAUAUACUUCAAGGGAAAAGGUCCUUAAAAGGAAAAACCAUUUAUAGACUUCUCCAACUUGGGAGACUAGUGUAGGGUCCGCACCAGUUAUCCAUCUUUGUUAUAACUUUUCUAUACCGUGGAAAAUGUGGGCAUCAUCAUUAGGUCUCUGCAA